AAAGAAUUGUUUUGCUAGGUUUAGCCGUUUGCUAGCACGGUGUUCGUUCUUCCUCACGAAAUUGUUUAAAAAGAGUUUUGAAUGUUUUUAUCACUUCUGACUCGGUGAAGCACAAGACAGAAACGCGUCAGAACAAUGUCAGAUAGAAAACGAACGAGGGAAAAAAAGGAGGAAAGACGUGACCACAAAAGACAAAAAGUAUCCAAACAGGAUUUGGAUAAACUCAAGGCACAAACGAAAAAACUCAACCAAGAAGUACAAAAACUGAAACACGUCGAGACCUUCUAUGAGAAACCUCCACCAGGGUUUAUAAAGGAACAUGAAGAAAAACCAGAGGACUGUAUUCCAGCUGAUCCAGGGAAUGAAGAAGCCAGGAAUUUCCUAGCACAUGCACCCACCAAGGGGCUGUGGAUGCCCCUGGGGAAGGAGGUGAAGGUGAUGCAAUGCUGGAGAUGUAAGCGCUACGGCCACAGAACAGGAGACCGGGAGUGUCCAUUCUUUAUCAAAGGCAACCAGAAACUGGAGCAGUUUCGAGUGGCUCAUGAAGACCCAAUGUAUGAUAUAAUACGAGAAAACCAAAGGAAUGAAAAAGAGACCAGGAUCCAGCAGCUGCAGCAGCUGCUUCAGGACACCACCUCCUCCUCCUCUUCUUCUUCCUCCUCCUCCGACUCAGACAGUUCCUCCUCUGAUCGCCGCCGCAGCAAAAAGCGGAAGAGGAGGAAGGAUAAAAAGAAGAAGGACAAGAAGAAGAAGAAGAAAAGGAAGCAAAAGCACAAGUCUGCCAAAACCAGUGACUCCUCAGACUCUGAUUGACCGUUUGAACUUUCAGGCUCCAUCUUCUAAAUGUAGGGCGAUACUGUGAAUGAAUUAACAGCAAUGGUGAUUCGGAUACGUCCCACAAAUACGGGGUGUAGGACACCCUGGAGGCCUCCUUCAACCUGGUUACAGGUUGACAUUUGUAUAUCUUGUGCACCCGCUUUCUUUCUAAACACUUUUUUUUUUUUAAUCAGGUGAUGACUUUAAUUUGUUACGAUUUGUGCAGGAUUACAUGCUUAAAUUAUUGUGUGAAAGUGUGCCUAUAAACAUAUGUCACAAAGUGACAGUUUAAAGGGCUGCCUGGUGUAAGAAGAGAUGAUGUUCUUUUCCAGGGUCAAUUAGCAUGUCAGCAAAUGCAGCGUGUCAUUAAGAGAUUGUAUUUACCUCCAUAAUUUCCAUACCUGUCAUUUUGCUUGUAUUAAGUACUUUGAUUGUAGACUUGUGACAUGUAGCCAGAUAUUGGCAUUGCUGAGAUUUAUUUUCCAGACUUACCCAGAAUGCUUGUGAGGGGGACAUAAAUAUUUGGGAUGAUUUGAGGUCAGAAUGUGGUGUGUUAUGAAAAAGAAAAAAAGAAACCCCACAGAAAUGGGGAAUGAAUGUAUGAAUACAGCAUCAUAUUUUGAGAUUAAAGAUGCCUCCUUUCUCUUUUUCGGUUGCAAAA